CUUGGAACUGAUACACACGUUUCAAAAAGAUCACUUGAGUCGUUAGUCCUCGCGCACCAUUUCUACCCCCUCCGCCCCCCUUUUUCUGAUUAGGGUCUAUUUUGUUGGUCGCUUGGUUUUCAGCUCUUUCUUUCCCUCCUCUCCCCAACCGUUCUCCGUUCCUCGUGUUCGCGUGUGAGACCUCAAGAGCUUCGACCCGACGGAGGGCUGCCGGCCAGCCACUAUGAGCUCCCUACUCAGCAUCCAACGUGAUAUCCUUUUGAAUACCAUCCGUUCUACGGGCGGUGAUGACUGGAAAGUUUUGGUCGUAGACGAGGAAAGUCGGAAGUUGAUCGCCAAUGCUGCGAAGGAAGAUGACAUUCUCAAUCUCAAUGUCACCAAUAUCGAACAGAUCGAACAUCGCCGGUCAUCCAACCAGAGCAUGGAUGCACUAUACAUCCUUUCUUCCCUUCCACAUAUAGUAGACUGUCUUCUGGCCGAUUUCGAAAGACGACGAUAUAGGAAAGCACAUUUGGUGUGGACCUCAUUCCUUGAUCCAGGGCUGCGCGCCAGGCUCGAUCGAUCUCAGGUAGCACAGGGUCUGAUUGCAAGCUUUCAAACUAUAAGCAUCGAUUACUUCCCAAGGGAAUCACGUCUGGUCACGUUCAAGGAUCCAUGGAGUUUCCCGAUCCUGUUCCACCCAGGCUGCAACCAUCUGAUACGUGAGCACCUGGCGGGCUUAGCUCACAAGGCUGUCUCGCUCUGCGCCAGUCUGGGAGAAUACCCGGUAAUCCGAUAUUACCGACCUAGAACCCCUACCCACGAGGCCAGUGUUCUGUGUUCGCACUUGGCACGGUUCAUUCAAGAAGAAUUAGACAAGUUCGCCCAGUUCCAGCGAGACUUUCCACCCCCUUCCCCAAGACCACGAGGUGUCUUGGUAGUCGUGGAUCGUUCAAUGGACCUACACGCACCUCUGAUUCACGAAUUCACCUACCAGGCUAUGGUACACGAUCUGCUUCCGAUUAAGGAAGGAGACAAAGUCACAUAUAAAACAUUAGUCAACGAAGGUGGUGUGAACGAGGAAGUAAAGGAGAUGGAAAUUGGUGAACAAGACAAAGUCUGGGUCGAGUAUAGACAUAUGCACAUGAAAGACGUGUUGGGUAAGCUUGGUGAAGAUUUCGCCAAGUUUAGAGCAGCUAACCCCCAAUUUUCUGAAAGCAACGACAAGGCUAGUGUGGGCAUGAUCAAGGAUAUGCUGGCGGGUCUUAGAGAGUUCCAAGAGGGCCGAGAUGCGUACACGCUUCACCUAAACAUGGCGCAGGAGUGUAUGAAAUUCUUCCAGGAACGUAAGCUAAUCGAAGUUAGCUCGGUCGAACAGGGUCUUGCCACUGGCCUCGACGAAAACCAUAAGAAGGCCAAGGGCUUGGCUUCACAACUUGUGCAGCUGUUGGACGAUGAUUCUGUAGUGAAAGCGGACAGGGUUAGACUUCUGCUGCUCUACAUCAUCUAUAGAAACGGACUGCUUUCCGGCGAUGUCAGAAAGCUCAUGGCGCACGCGGAACUUCAACCGCAGGAUGGAGAAGUGAUAUCCAAUCUUGACCUUCUAGGAGCUCGCGUGGAUAAACCACUGAAAGACGACAAACCUCCGGUCAUACCACUAUUCAACAGAAAACCCCCCAUUCCCUCAGAAGCAGAUGAGGGCAGUCUCUCCCGCUAUGACCUGAAUGUCAAGGUGAUGCUCGAGGAUCUUGUGCGGGGGGCAUUAGACCCAAACACUUUCCCCUUUACCCGCCCCCAAACGGAGUCCGAAGGUAUGGCAGGACAACAAGACACUUUGGCACAGGCAUCACUUCGAAGUGCGAAACCCACGUGGGCGCGUUCUCGCACCACGGGUGAGCAGCCACGGCAGCGCAUCAUUGUCUUCAUGGCUGGUGGAGCUACAUACGGCGAAGCCCGUACCUGCUAUGAGAUCUCUGAGGCCUUCCGGAAGGACGUCUUCCUCGCCACCUCUCAUAUGCUCACUUCCAAUCUAUUCCUCCGACAACUCAGUGAUUUGAGCGUCGAUAAGCGCCGGCUUGAUAUCCCCGCUGAGCGACCCAAGCCCACUGCUCCAGCCCAUCUCUUCGAGCGAGAUCCCCCACCAGCCCCUCAGCCUACGCCGCAAAGAACCCCGGCUCCUACCCCUUCUCCAGUGCCCCCAACAGCUGCAAUGGGGAACAUGUCUCUAGGGCAGAGUGGACACAAACCGUCCAACUCGUCUUCUAGUUCGAAACCGCCCAAGGAAAAGGAGAAGAAGAAACGCCAUCAUUUCUUUAGGUAAUAUAAGCCAAUCCUUUUUUUUUUUUUUUUUCAACUGUAGAGGCUUUUAGUAUUUGGAAUUGCGUUUGUUUGCAUUAUCGCACUGCCGUGAUACCAUUUAGGGCUUGUUGUUGUUGUUGUUGUUGUUGUUGUUGUUGUUCUGAGCAAUUAAGGCGCUGCGGUUACUCUCUCUCUCCCCUUCAUUUUGUCAAUUACCCUGACAAUAUUCAAAGUACAGUACAUAGUAAUAUAUAGACUACCACAUGAACUCAUCUCAUAAAUCACAUGCAAGAAAAGGGGUAUCAUCAUCAUCAUAAUUAUCAUAGCACAUCAAUUUAAUCCGAGUC